AUGUCCUCUGGCGAUUCGAUGAAAAGCGCUGACUUCAAAGUGAAGGUCGAAGACGUCGAGAGCAGGGAGCCAACACCUCUUGACGCGCACUAUGAUCCCGCGUUCGUAAGGAAAACGAUCCGAAUGGUUGACUGGCGCAUGCUGCCAUUGCUGGGAUUGCUAUACUCCGUCGCGCUCAUUGACCGCACCAACCUUGGGAUUGCUCGUACCGCCGGCAUGGAGGAAGAUUUGAGGCUGGACAUCGGGGAGCGAUACAGCCUUGCCUCAAUGAUCUACUUCAUACCCUAUACCCUUCUUCAGAUUCCUGGGAACAUCAUACUCCGUUGGCUUGGUGCACGCACAUGGCUGACUAUCUGUGUGGUGGGAUGGGGUUUUGCCCAGCUCGGAAUGGCAUUUGUCACGACUUGGGGAUACCUUUCCCUUUGCCGGGUGUUCCUGGGCGUUUUCGAGUCGGGUUUCUUUCCGUCACUGGUUUUCAUCAUCACAACGUGGUACAAACGUUACGAAGUCCAGAAACGUCUUGCAAUCUUUUAUCUUAGUUCAAUCUUAGUCGGCAGCUUCAGUUCUUUGCUCGCCUACGGUAUCACAUUUCUCAAGGGAAAGGCAGACCUCAAUGGGUGGCAAUGGAUCUUCCUUCUCGAAGGAAUUUUCACAGUUCUGCUUGGCAUUUUGUCCUGGCUCUUCAUUCCCGACUUCCCCGAUAAAGCAACCUUCCUGAAUGACACACAGCGGAAGAUGAUCCUCGAUCGUGUCGAGGCAGAUCGAGGAGACUCAAUCCCUGACGCGAUGUCUUGGGAAAAGCUCUUCAAGCAUUUGAGUGACCCACUUUUGUGGGCAUUUGCCCUGAUGUUUUUGGCAUCUACUGUCCCGGCAUACGCUAUCGUGUUCUUUGUGACUAUCAUUCUUCGGGGAAUGGGCUAUACGGAGGCACUUGCCCUGCUUCUAACUGCCCCUCCUGGUGUCUUUGCGGCCGCCGUCUGCUUCUUCUUCGCCUGGCUCGCCGACCGGACACGGCACCGGGCGUUAUGGCUCUUUGUUGAGAACCUUAUCUGUAUCACCGGGCUCGCAAUAGCUGCCUAUUCGAAGAGCGACCCUGUACGAUACUUUGGCUUGUUCCUGGUGAAUGCGGGGGCGACGAGUGCUAUUCCGGGCGUCUUGGCAUAUAGCGCUAAUAAUAUCACCAGCCACACCAAGCGGUCUGUACAGACAGCGACCAUUAUAGCGUCUGGUGGAAUUGGUGGAAUCUUUGCUACAACCGUCUUUCGUCAGAAGGACUAUCCGAGAUACGUCAAUGGGCUGUGGGCCACUAUGGGCCUUCAGAUACUCAUGCUAUUCAUUCUAGGAAUCACGACGCUCGUCUUCAGGAGGCGGAAUCGCCUUCGCCGCGAAGGGAAAAUUGGACCGUUAGAGGGGCAACCAGGCUUCUACUACACUCUCUAA